CCGCCCAGUUCGUCAUCCAGCCAGGUUCGCAACGGCUGCUCACACUCACCUCGCUGAGCUGCACCGAAAGCUGCCCGAGCUUUGGCCCUUCACCGACACUGCGCCUCUCCACUCAGCAACGCCAACGACUGGGCAUCGAACGAGAGUGGUUCUAGAGAGAUAGACAGCUUGGUGUUUCGGCUGAAGGGGUCGAAGUCAACAUGGCUGUGCGUGACCCCUUCACAACAAGUUCAAUCCCUAUGUUGAUCCUGCAAAACAAGUGAUUGUUUGAUAACUCAGUCCAUGAACCUUCAUGCCUCGCCGGCUCGCGACUUUGUUCCCUCCGUAAAAUCCGGGACACGAGCGGCAAUAAGCCGCUAUCCGCGAUAACAGUAUGGAAUUCCUUGACCCCCUUCUCCAUAUCGGCUAGGCAACUUCCCCACUCCGUCUUCCCCGUACCUACCCCCUUGUCCACUCCUGAUGUCACUUCUGCGUCUAAUGCACUUCCGGCCAGCUCCAACAGCUCUGCCCAGAGACCGCGACGGCCUGCACGACAGCUCGAUCGGAGGACGAGGUACUGGUAACAUCCGGGUGACGCCUAGUCCAGUCAUCCGAACCAAUAUUCUCUUGCCGUCUUCCUCUUGAGAUUCCCAUCCAGUCACCUCGUGGGACGCCUUUCCCUAAUAGUACGCAGGAGAUAACAAACCUGCUUCAGAACAUCUACUCCUUCUCCUGCUCCGUUCUCUCUCUUGUGUAUGUGCGUGAGUGUCUCACACAAAAGUUUGCGACCUCGUUUUCCCUGUCUUAUUAUACCUUGUGAGCCCAUCUCCUCUAUUUCUCCUAGGAAUUGCCAGUCCAGCCUUGAGGGUGUCUAGCUACUCCUACGCUGCAAACGGCCAUUCCUGUCGCGUGACGUUCAACCUCCUCUCCCCUCAUUCUUUGAGCCAGCGUCGACCUCAGCUCGUCACCUCGCGGUAUUACUCCCGAUACUCAAUCGGUCCCGACGAAACAGCGUUCCGACCAUGUCGUUCCUCUUCCCGCGAACCGACACCCUCAAGGGCUGUUUCUCCUCGCCCGUCUCGGCCACUGAGGAUGCCGGUGUGCUCCUCCGCCGCCGACAGCAGCAGCAGAGACCCUCUCGCUACCAAGCCCGCCCGGAGCUCUACGGUGCCUUCUCUACCGUCGAUGACGUGAAGGGAAAGGCGAAGCAACUCAGCGCCGAAGCCACCGCUGAGUUCGACAAAGCCAGCGCGAAGGCCCAAUCCGCCGCUGGCGGCAAGAUCGAGCUGUAUUCGGGCAAAUACUACGCCGCCUGUACCGUCGGCGGUCUCCUGGCUUGUGGGCUCACCCACACUGCCGUGACGCCACUCGAUCUCGUAAAGGUACGACGCCAGGUAGACAGCAAGUUGUAUACGGGAAACUUCCAGGCGUGGGGCAAGAUAUUCAGAUCGGAGGGCCUCCGCGGCAUCAUGACCGGCUGGGGCCCUACCUUCUGGGGUUACUCGGCGCAAGGCGCCUGCAAAUACGGCUUCUAUGAAUAUUUCAAGAGGCAGUACUCCGUCCUCGCGGGUCCCGAGAACGCCGAAAAGUACAAGACACUUCUCUUCCUUUCCGCCUCGGCCUCUGCUGAGUUCCUUGCCGACAUCGCGCUCUGCCCAUUCGAGGCCGUCAAGGUCCGGAUGCAGGGCGGCAUUCCCUCCCCUUACAAGGGCACUCUCGACGGUUUCAGCAAGGUCACGGCUAAGGAGGGCGUGGCUGGCUUGUACAAGGGGCUGUACCCGCUCUGGGGCCGCCAGAUCCCCUACACCAUGAUGAAGUUUGCCUCCUUUGAGACCAUUGUCGAGAUGAUCUACCACCGCCUCCCCGGACAGAAGAGCGACUACAGCAAGGCCGCGCAGACGGGUGUCUCCUUCGUCGGCGGCUACCUUGCGGGCAUUCUCUGCGCCAUUGUCUCCCACCCGGCCGACGUCAUGGUCAGCAAGCUCAACGCAAACCGCCAGCAGGGCGAGGCGUUCGGCGCCGCCGUUGGGCGCAUCUACAAGGACAUUGGCUUCGGCGGCCUCUGGAACGGUCUGCCCGUCCGUAUCGUUAUGAUCGGUACCCUGACCGGUCUUCAGUGGAUGAUCUACGACUACUUCAAGAUCUUCAUGGGCUUCCCGACCACCGGAGGUGCCGCUCCCCCCGCUGAGAAGAGAUGAGUGAAAGGGGAAGCCAUGAAACCGGCGGAGAGCGGGCUCAACCCACACGUAUCUGGUUAGCCAGGAUGGAGCGAGUGAGCUAGAUGGAUCAAUGAUCGUCGCCAAUCGCUGAUAAAGGACUGGGUUCUGACACCGGGUCUGAGGGGUUCCCCUUGGCUAUAUUAAAGCACUUGUUCUCAUCGUCUACGUCGCAACCGAGUCGAAGUUCUAUCAUUAAAUUCCAAAGUGGCGAGUUCGAUGUCAUGGAAGAUCUCGAACCCCUUCCGAGAGAACACAUGUG